GAAUACAUCUUAGGCUAUCCAAUGACACAAAAAUUAUUUCGAAACUCCAAGUAAAACUCAAUAUAUCAUCAAAAUUACAAAGGGCAUAAUUAUAAAAAAUAAUCCUAAAAUUACCCUUAAGUCACUUAUUGCAGAAAGCCGCAGGUUAUGUCUUGAUUUUAAUCACGACAUAAAUUUAUGUCAUUCAAAUGGAUUUAUGUCAUGAUGUUAUGUCGUGAUUUAUGACAUAAAGCUUUAUGCAACGGAUUUAUGUCAAUAUUUGUGUUUAUGUCAUGAUUUAUGCUGUAUGACAUAAAUCGUGACAUAAAUCAUGACAUAAAUCAAUACAUAAACUUUUUUGCAACAGGGCCCAGGGACAUCAACCCUCGGCAAUUUGUUUACAUAACUUUCUUUGUCUCCGUCAUGUAUUGCACAAUCUUGAGAAGCACAUGUUUGGAAAUCUGAUAUUCUUGUGGUGGUGGGGGGGGGGGGGGUACGAGAUUGCAGCCCUUUUCAUUCUGUUUUGGUUUGGCUGCCACAUGGCCUCUCUCACUGUGUGGAGAAAUUAGGUCAGGUAAAAUUUGCAAAGACGUGGAUAAGUUCAUUUCAAUUAGAGGCCGUGCAAGGCUAGGCAUUCAUGAUGGAUGAUGGAAAUUGCCAGUUUUGGUUCUGGUAGGCCUUUUUGUCAUGAAUCUGUGUUACUGAUACGAACGCUUAACAAUUCAAUGACCUUUAUGACUUAUAUCAUUAUUUUGUAUGAAUAAUUUUAAGUCUUUUUUAAAAAGUGUCAUUUAAAUAACUUUCAGUCAAAUAUGUACGAAGGAUAUUUGUUCAACUUCAUAACAUUUGCAGGUACCUAUAUUGUAUGAUAAAAUAAAUUACCUCAGAAUUGUACAAAUUCAGAACUUUCUUUUUCUUUUACAUUGUCUUUAGACACGAAUACAGAUCUUUCUAGAUUAAUUUAGCAAAUGGGCUAUAACACUAAAUAGUAAACACGCAAAGCUCACGUCAACCAAGUAUCAAACAUUCAAACUUGGAUUAAUUCAUGGAGGUUCUACCUCCAUGAUUUAAUCUGAAUAGGUCUGUAUUAGGUCCAUGAAUCAACUCAGAUAUCGUUCAAGCAUCAAAAUCAAUCUAUCAUCACAACACUAAAAUCAUAAACAAUAACUUCGAAGAAACAAUGCGAAGGUCAAACCAGGGAAGUGUUAUACUUCCCUGGUAUAUGCUAGCUACCGUGUAUAUGUGUAUAUAUAUACACACACACACAUACACACACACACAAACGCAAAAAAGCCGCGAAAUAGCUCCAGAAAUUGUAGCCCUGGAAAGUGGAAAAAGAGCCCUGGAAAAUGAAAAAGUAGCCCUGGAAAAUUUUUAAGUUUCUCCAAAAAGAGCCCUGGAAAGAAAAAAAGUAAUUUUUUGGUUGAUAUGAAGAUAUCCAUAUACAACAAAAAGUACUAAGUGCAUGUACAAUACAUGAGAAUAACCUUGGAACAAAUCGCUCUUUUCAAGAAAAUAGAGAAAUAUACAAUAAUUAGAUUAGUAAGGGAAAGUGGGUAAGUUUAAGGGAAAAUUUGAAGGAAAAACUACUGGAAGCCAGAUGGAUGGCAUUCCAAAUAUUUGAGGCUGCUUAUGUGAAAUUGUGAAUUGAAAAAAAACCAAAAAACAUAUAGGCCUACUCUGUUGAGUCUGUUUCCUCAUGUCUUUAGGUUUUCUUCAGGGUACAGAAGCAAGAUGGGACGAAAAAGUAAGCGAAAAACUAAUCCUGGUCCGGAUGAAGUGUCUAAAGCGGAUAGGAAAGAACUGAUUAAACUGUGUGGACAAGUUAUCGACCUGGCUGCCACUCCAAUCCCACCAACUACUGGUGAACAAUGGGAAGAAUUCCUACAGAUCCACAACGUGAUUGAAAAGAUACGCAAAAGACAGAAUGGUGAGCCAAAUCAUCAGUCAAAGAGAGAAGAGCACUUUGAAGCAUUCUUCAAGUGGCUCAAUGAGAAUGGAGUUUCAUCAGAUUCUGUAAAAAUUGCCAAGUUUGAUCAGGGGUAUGGUCUCCAAGCUACAAAGGAUAUCAAGAGUGAUGAGCAACUAUUGAACAUUCCAAGGAAAGUCAUGAUAACUGAUCAGAAUGCGUUAGAGUCACACACAAUAGAUUUUCCGACGAGCCUCAGAUAUGCCGACGGGAGCGCAGAUUUGCCAACCGACAAUAUCCUUUUUUGUCCUUUUUUUUCUUUCCUUCUCUUCUUUUUUCUUUCCUCUUUUUCCCUUCAUUUUUCCGAAGGGAGUGCAGAUUUGCCGACGGUACUUCAAAUUUGCUGACGGGAGUGCAGAUUUUCCAACGGUAUGAAGAGUAGUGGGGGUGUCGCACCCCCCUUUAAGCUAUAGCCCUGCCAGUGAUAAGUUACAUCAGAAUAACCGGAUUAUGAAGACAA